AUGGUUCUUAAUACAUUCUCUUUGAGUUAUAGCUUCAUUUUUAUGAUUUUUGGCUUUAACUAUGCUCUUGAAAACCCGGAAAUGUAUGUUAUUAGACAAAAAAUUUCUAAACUUAAAUUACCCUAUAGAAAAGUCUAUUGCAACACCCCAGAACAAAUUGGAGGCGAUAUACUUAGUUUUGGUUAUUAUGUGUCAAUUUCGGUUACUUUGGUUACUAUUUUUAAUUAUAUUAUUGUUGGAAUUAUUAUAAAAUUAUAUCAGAGCGGAGAAUCAAGUGUUCAACAUCUUCAAACCAAACGGAUCUACAGAUCACUUAUAGUAAUAAUAAUUGUCAUAGUAUUUUUAACCUUAACUGGACCGUCCUGCGCUAAAUUUAUUACUCCGUUAAUAACAAAUGAUCCUGAAAUGAUAUUUUUUUAUACUCGUCUAUUUGCUCAGCUUGUAACGAUCUCGGGUGCAAUAAAUGCCCCAAUUUUGUAUUUUUGCAGGUAG